AUGGCCUUCCCGUUUCCACCGGGUUGGUCAAGGCCAAAGAUGAAGCUCUAUGAGGGAGACUCCGACCCAACAGAGCACAUCAACUUUUUCGUGGGAGCCAUGCAGUACGCAGGAGCCAGCGACCCGAUCUAUUGCCAAUGUUUCCCGAUGAGCUUGGGAAAAGGGCCGAUGAACUGGUUCCAGAACCUCCGUCGCGACUCCCUACACACCUGGGACGAGGUGAUGGUCAACUUCCUCUCCCAGUACUCGUCGGUGAAGAGCAUACCGAAAUCGGAGGGAACAUUGGCUUUAAUUAAGCAAGGCCCAAAAGAAUCCUUGAAGACUUUCCUCAACCGGGUCAACAAAGAGGCGAGAGACAUUCCCGACCAGCUUCCCCAGGUCCGACUAGUCCUAGUCCGACAGGCUCUCCAACCGGGCCUGUUCCUCACAUCCCUUGAUGGUAAGAAAGCAAAGACCAUCGAGGAAUUCCAUGCCCGCUCAGAGAAGUAUAUCAACAUAGAAGACGCUGCAGCCUUAAGGGCCUCAAACCAGUCUGACCAGCAAAAAUCCCCGGAGAGAGCGAAGGAGCCCAGCGACACGACCCGAAGUCGGGAGAGUCGUCAGAAGAAUCAGGACGAAAAGAAGCCUAAGAGAAAGAGGUACGAUAAUUAUGCCCCACUGAACUCAUCAUUAUCCCGGAUACUGCGGGAGAGAGCGUCCACUAACCUGAGAGACAGUCCCCUGCCAGUGCUCACUAAGGGAGACAAGCUAGACUCCAAGACGUUCUGCGAGUUCCACGAUAGCCCCGACCACAACACCGACGAGUGUCUGAACCUGAAGGACAAGGUGGAAGAGCUGAUCAGGGCAGGAUGA